GUCCGUACGUACAUACGUCGGUCUUUUUCCUAGUAUAUAUAUAUAAUAACAGAGCAUCAUUACAAAGGUAAACUCGAUCGAAAUCUGAAAAAGAGGCAUGGCGGCGGCGGCACUAAGGCUCGGUGGUCGCACGCUACUCCGGCGAACUCAGCAGUUGUCGGAUCAGCGGAGGCGGCUCUUCUUCUCCAACACAAAGUUGCAUGCCGCCACCCCGGAGGAGAAGAAGCUCCUGGCGUUUCGGCAGGCGGAGAUCGACGGGAAGCAGGAGGAGCUCUACGACAUGGUCUUCGGCUUGGUGAGCAAGUACGAUCUCCAUCUAAGAGACGGCCGGCGGUACAGGCUGUUGCUGGAGCGGCUCUCCGUCAACGUCGAACCCAGACCCAACGACCUCUAUUGGCGGCAGCGGCGAAGGAUGGAGCUGGCCAAGCGUUUCGUACUGUUUGUGGGGGCGCACACCCUUUGUUUUUCGGCCGUGCAAGGUGUGUAUCAAGUGAGCAAGGAGGUACGCGUGAAACGAAGGAACUGGGUCGACGAUUGGGACGAGUGGUGGCAUGGGAACAAGACUUUGUCUCACCACUUGAACGACUGGUGGAACGGCCGCUAGCCACCUCAAACUCCAUCCAUCUGGAUCGAUCCAUGCAUGUACCACCCACUAUACUACUACCUAGUUACAGCAAUUCCUUUUCAUCUUGCUCAACCACUUAUGUACUAUUAGCUAGCUGCCGCUGGUGUCUUUUUAGUUCUAUAUUUGUUGUACUGAACCAGUCGUAAGAGAGGGAGUUUUUAGUUCCAUCUACCUAGUUUUUUUCUGCGUUGGAGCAAUUCAGGUGUACUACACCCGAGAGUAGAAAACAUUUUGUUAUUUUUUGGUGAAACUUUGCAAAUACCUAAAACAUUUGUUCA